AUGGAGGGUUCAAACAAUGGAUUGAGCAGUCGUCCUGAGAAAUUGGACGGAGAUCCUCGAUCAACUAGUGAUACCAGCAGCAGUGGUAGUUGUACUUCUCUGAAAGAGUUCAGUGGUAACAACCAUGAACUUCAUCAGGAUACUGACCAACAGGUAGUUAAGGAUGCUGCUGAGGAUCCAGCGUUUCUGAAAAAAGUAGAGACUCUUUCUAGGUCAUUGUCCCGUCGUACUACGACUCUUUCUGAGUGGGAUGAGGUCGAUGAGAACUUCGAUAUGUACAGAGAGAUCCAGGGGAUCCUUAAGGCGUCCAACGAUGGUGGUAUCCAUUUGAGGAAGGCCGGUAUCACCGCCAGAAACGUUGCUGUAAAGGGUGUUGACGCUCAGUUUCUUGAAGGUGCCACUUACGGUGAUAUGCUAAUGUUACCUGCAACUAUAUUCAAGGGAAUUAAGAAGGCCAGACAAACAACAUUGAGAGAUAUCAUUAGCAAUGUAAAUCUACUUGUUAGGCCUGGUGAGAUGUUGCUUGUAUUGGGUAGACCAGGUUCUGGUUGUUCCACUUUCUUAAAAACAAUGGCUGGUGAGCUAUCUCAUUUCAAGGGUGUCUCAGGUGACAUCUCGUACGACGGUGUCUCACAAAAGGAUAUGUUGAAGUAUUUCAAGUCGGAUGUUAUAUACAACGGUGAAAUGGAUGUCCAUUUCCCGCAUUUGACUGUGCAACAGACUUUAGAUUUUGCUGUCGCUUGUAAGACUCCAAGCAAAAGAAUUAACGAUUUUACCAGACAACAGUAUAUCGAAUUCAUCAGAGACUUAUAUGCAACAAUUUUCGGUUUGAAGCACACUUAUAACACUAAAGUUGGUGAUGAUUUCGUGAGAGGUGUCUCUGGUGGUGAACGUAAGCGUGUUUCCAUCGCAGAAGCUUUGGCCGCUCGCGGUUCCAUAUAUUGUUGGGAUAACGCUACUCGUGGUCUCGAUGCUUCUACUGCUCUUGAAUAUACAGAAGCUAUCAGAUGUAUGACAAACUUACUAAAGUCCACUGCGUUGAUUACUGUGUACCAAGCAAGUGAAAACAUCUAUGAGACUUUCGAUAAGGUUACCAUUCUCUACGAAGGUAAACAAAUAUAUUUCGGUCGCAUUGAAGAGGCUAAGAAGUAUUUCGAAAACUUGGGGUUCAUCUGUCCAGCAAGGCAAGCAACGGCUGAAUUUUUGACCUCUUUAACUGAUUCUAAAGGUUUACGCAGAGUAAGACCUGGUUUCGAAAACAAAGUCCCAAGAACCAGAGACGAUUUCGUCAGGGUUUGGGAAGAGUCCAAAGAAUAUCAUGACUUAAUACAAAGUAUCGAACAUUACGAAACGAAAGAAGUCGAUGGUGCGAAGACUAUCCAGUUCUUCAAAGAAUCGAUGGUUGAAGAGAAAGAUAAGGCUUCGAGAAAGAAGUCUAAAUUUACUAUUUCCUAUUGGGCUCAAAUCAGGCUCUGUACCAGGAGAGGGUUCCAAAGAAUUUAUGGUGAUAAGUCUUUUACUAUCACAAACACUGUUGCUGCUAUCAUUCAAGCCUUGGUUACUGGUUCCCUAUUCUACAACACCCCAAGUAGUACUCAAGGUGCUUUCUCUCGUGGUGGUGUUUUAUAUUUCGCUAUUCUAUAUUUCUCUUUGAUGGGUUUAGCCAACAUCAGUUUAGCAAACAGACCUAUCUUGCAGAAACAUAUCGCUUACUCAUUGUAUCAUCCAUCUGCUGAAGCACUUGCUUCUACUAUCUCUAAUGCCUUCUUCAGAAUGAUUUCGUUAACCGCUUUCCUAAUCAUCCUUUACUUCUUAUCUGGUUUGACUCGUAACGCUGGCAGAUUCUUCAUGGUGUAUUUGUUUGUGGCGCUCGCAUCCGAGUCAAUCAAUGCCUUGUUUGAAUUUAUCACUGCUGCGUGUGACUCAAUUUCUCAGGCUAAUGCUAUUGCAGGUUUGGUGAUGAUGGCCUUAUCCUUAUACUCCACCUAUAUGAUUCAAACUCCUUCUAUGCAUCCAUGGUUUGAAUGGAUCUCUUACAUUCUACCAUUGAGAUAUGCUUUUGAGAACAUGCUAAACGCUGAAUUUCAUGCAAGAAGGAUGGAUUGCGGUGGUACUUUAGUACCAACGGGUCCUGUUUACGAGAAUGUCAGUAGUGAAUACAAGGUCUGUGCGUUCAUCGGAUCUCAGCCAGGUGAAUCGUAUGUUUUGGGUGAUAACUAUUUGAAACUUCAGUACGACUACUCAUAUUCACACCAAUGGAGAAAUUUCGGUAUUUUGAUCGCAUUUUUGGUCGGUUUCCUCGUCUUCAAGUCUGUUAUCACUGAAUUCAAGACCCCUAUUAAGAGUAGUGGUGAUGCUUUACUCUUCAAAAAGGGUACCAGCUUGAACACCAUUCCAAAAGACGAAGAAAGCAAUGUUAACAGUACUGAUUCCAUUACGAAGACCACUGAUAGCUCAUCUAGGUCGGACGACCCAGCACUAUUUGCUGAUAUGAGAAGUGAAGGUAUCUUCCUAUGGAAGGAUAUCUGUUAUACUAUCCCUUAUAAAGGCGGCGAACGUCUGUUAUUGGAUAACGUAUCUGGGUAUGUUAAACCUGGUACUUUGACUGCCUUGAUGGGAGAAUCUGGUGCAGGUAAAACUACAUUGCUAAACACACUUGCUCAAAGAACUGACAUUGGUGUUGUCACUGGUGACAUGUUGGUAAAUGGUAAGCCAAUCGACGCCUCAUUCGAAAGAAGAACGGGUUACGUUCAACAACAAGAUGUUCACAUCAAAGAAAUGACAGUCAGAGAAUCUCUACAAUUCUCAGCAAGAAUGAGAAGACCACUAACUGUUCCAGAUGAAGAAAAACUUGAUUACGUUGAAAAGGUUAUUGAAAUCUUGGACAUGUCCGCUUACGGUGAAGCUUUAGUCGGUAAUAUUGGUUAUGGUUUGAACGUUGAGCAAAGAAAGAAGUUAUCAAUUGCUGUUGAAUUGGUUGCCAAACCGAACUUGUUGUUGUUUUUGGACGAACCAACUUCUGGUUUAGAUUCUCAAUCUGCCUGGGCCAUUGUUCAGUUGUUGAAGAAAUUAGCCGGCGCCGGUCAAUCAAUUUUGUGUACCAUCCAUCAACCUUCUGCUACUUUGUUCGAAGAAUUCGACAGAUUGUUAUUAUUGCGUAAAGGUGGUCAAACUGUGUACUUUGGUGACAUCGGUGAACACUCUUCUACGUUGUUAUCAUACUUUGAGAGAAAUGGUGCACGUAGGUGUGAAGAAAAGGAAAAUCCGGCCGAGUAUAUUUUGGAAGCCAUUGGUGCCGGUGCUACAGCUUCCGUUAAGGAAGAUUGGCACGAAAAAUGGAUUAAAUCAUCAGAAUUUGUUUCUGUUAACCAAGAAAUCAACGACUUAAUCGAAAAGCUAGCCCACCAACCAAAUGACGAUUCUUCCACUGAAUUGAUUACUAAAUAUGCUACACCAUAUUGGUACCAAUUCGUUUAUGUUUUAAGACGGACCAUGGUUAUGUUCUGGAGAGAUGUGGACUACUUAAUGGCUAAGACCAUGUUGUAUAUCAGCAGUGGUUUGUUCAUCGGUUUCACCUUCUAUAAUGUGGGUACUUCUUUCGUCGGUCUACAAAAUGCGAUGUUUGCUGCAUUUAUGGCUUGUAUUGUUUCUGCCCCAGCAAUGAAUCAAAUUCAGGCUCGUGCCCUACAAUCAAGAGAAUUAUAUGAAGUUAGAGAAUCCAGAUCUAACAUGUUCCACUGGAGUUGUAUGUUGUUCUCACAAUAUAUCACUGAAUUACCGUACCAAUUAUGGUGUAGUACCUUAUUCUUUGUAUCCUUCUAUUUCCCAUUGAAGGCAGAAUACACAAGUUUGAAAGCCGGUUUAUUCUACUUGAACUACUGUGUCAUUUUCCAAUUAUACUGUGUUGGUUUGGGUUUAGCUGUGUUGUACAUGUCUCCAGAUCUUCCAAGUUCAAACGUCAUUAUGGGUUUACUACUCUCCUUCAUGAUUACCUUCUGUGGUGUUGUGCAACCUGUUAAUCUAAUGCCCGGUUUUUGGACCUUUAUGUGGAAGGUAUCCCCGUACACGUAUUUGAUUCAAAAUUUCGUUUCUUUGAUGUUACAUGACAAAACAGUCAUCUGUACCGAUAAGGAACUGUCUUACUUUAACCCACCACCGGGAUCAACUUGUGGAUCUUACAUGACUGACUAUUUCACUGAAGGGUUCGGUUAUAUUAAGAACCCAGAGGCCACCAGCAACUGUGCUUACUGCAGAUACAAGAUCGGUGAUCAAUACCUAUCUUACAUUUCUGCUAAAUAUGCUGAUCUAUGGAGAAACUUUGGUUUCUUAUGGGUUUACAUCUGCUUUAACUUAAUCGCAAUGGUUUCAUUAUAUUACAUAUUCCAUGUUAAGCGUUUCAGCCCAAAGUCUUUGGUAAUGGGCGUUGUUGGUAAAUUCAAGAAAGAAAAAUGA